AGACUCUCUCUCUCCUCUCUUAUUUUGUUCUUUCUCUCACCUCUUUCGUCAUUUCGAUUUCUUGUUUUCCUUGGAACCGAUAUCUGGAAACUCUGGAUCUAAGUUUUUCAGAUCGAUUUUGGUAGUUUUUACUCAGUCUAGGGUUUUUAUAGGGUUUCAAUUUUGGGGUUUACCCAGUUUGUCGUUUAUCUCUUCGGUCACAUUCCGCCGAGGACUUGUGAUUUUGACCUGAGGGUUAUUAGACGGAGAAUAGGAAGGAGCUUAGAGCGGAUAUGGAUUUCAGUGUAGUAUACGUGUGAUUCAUAGGAUUUCAUCAUUGGAUUGAUUUGGUAAAUCGCAUCUUUGUGAUAUAUUCCGGCGAGUUGCGGUCUUGACUCUAAAACAACGAGGGCUGAUCGUGGAAGGGACUGAGGCAAGAAAUUUGACAUCCCGGAUUGAUCACCGCAUGUUUCUAAGACGCAAUCAAGGGUUUAUGAUAAAUUCAUUGUCGAAGCAUAUACCUGCAAGCUUUUUUUUUGGAGCAGGGACAUUAAAGCAUACUAGGCACUGGAAGGUAGUAGAGUUUGCGGGACAGGGAGAACCAAUUUGUCUUUGUAAAUGAUGGGUAAAGCACGGAAACACUUGAGAGGGAAAUCAUCGGGCUUUGCUCCUGAUUAUAUGCAAGCUGUUGAGACCAUGAUUGAGCCUGAUGAAUUUGGUUACCCACACGGGAUCGAUAGUGAGAUAGAGGAGGCCCCUGCACUGAAAAGGAGCCGUUUUAGUUUGAAUGGAGAUAGCUAUGGUGUUCCUAAAGAGGUUUUAUCUUUUUCAAAGAUGUCGAGGUCUGAGAGAAAGAAUUUAGUCCACAAGUUGAAGAUGGAGCUUGAGCAGGUCAGGGAUCUUCGUAAGAGGAUUGCAUGUAUUAGUUCAGACACUGUUCUGUUGUCGCCAUAUGGGGAUAUUCGUAGUUACAGUGAUGGAUCUAAGAGGCCACCACAAGAAAACUUUGCUACAUUUGUUGGUACACAGGGGAAAAAGCGCUGCCCUGUGCGCAAUGAUAAGCAGCGGACUAAGAAAGGCCCAUCUCGGCAUUCUGAGUCUGCAAGAUUAGAUGUAGCAACAAGCUCCACAGUUGCUUCAGUGAUGAAGGAGUGUCAGACAUUACUCGAUCGUGUAUGGUCACAUAAGUUGGGGUUUGCAUUUCGCAAUCCAGUUGAUCCAGUUUUGUUGAAUAUUCCGGAUUAUUUUACUGUGAUUAAGCACCCAAUGGAUCUUGGAACCAUACGAAGCAGACUGCGUAACGAUGAAUACUCUAGUCCUUUGGACUUCGCAGCAGAUGUGCGUCUUACAUUUUCGAAUUCUAUUGCUUACAACCCACCAGGAAAUCAAUACCAUAAAAUGGCUCGCGAUCUCAGCGCAUAUUUUGAGUCGAGAUGGAAAGCUAUAGAGAAAAAAAUACCUGUGACUGAACCACCAGUCAUGCCCUUAGCCAGUUCUGCUUCUCUGGAGGCUGAAAUCCCUUAUAAAGUAGCACCGCCAAGGAAGAAAGCAGCUGCAGUGAACGAGAGCAAGCUGAGGGUGGAACCUGCGAAGUUGGUCAUGACAGAUGGUGAGAAGAAACAAUUAAGCCGAGAUUUGGAGGCGUUAGAAGAAGAGUUCCCACAAAACAUUGUUGAUCUCCUGAGAGAGCAAAGUGGCAUUGAUGGCCAAUCUGGGGAAGUUGAGAUUGAGAUAGAUAUAGAUACGCUUUCUGAUGAAAUCUUGUUCAUGGUUCGGAAACUCCUGGAUGACUAUCUAAGGGAGAAAAAGAAGUCCCAGGAAAAGAGUGAACCUUGUGAGAUGGAGAUUGUUCAUGACUCUGGAUUCAGUAAUUCCUCUCUGCAACCUAGUAAAGGUGAUCUGCUAAUUGACGAGGAUGUUGACAUAGUUGGUGGGAAUGACCCCCCUGUUUCAAGCCAUCCUCCUCUUCAGAUAGAAAAAGAUGCUGCAUGUAGAAACAAUGAAUGCAGUAGUUUGAGUAGCUCCAGUAGUGAAUCGGGCUCUUCAUCUACUGAUUCUGAUUCAUUUAGUUCCUCUGGGAAUGAAACAGAUUCCAUUAAAGCUUCAAAUCCUACUAAUACAGAGGAUAAAAAGGAACCAGGAGUUGGUAUAAACAGAAAGGACGAGAAUAUCAACGGUGAAAAGAUUGUUGUAAAUGAUUCUUUAGUUGAGCAUGAUGUUGGGGAAAAUUCAACCGCCAUGGAUGCAGUACCGGUCCUUCCAGAGGAGGAGACUGCUCCACCUGAUCCAGAAAAGCGUUACCGCGCGGCUUUGUUGAAGAAUCGUUUUGCUGAUACCAUUAUGAAAGCUCGAGAGAAGGCCCUUACUAAGGGUGAAAAAGGAGAUCCUGAAAAAUUGAGGAUAGAAAGAGAGGAGUUUGAGAAACGGCUAAGGCAAGAAAAAGUUCGGUUACAAGCCGAGGCCAAAGCUGCUGACGAGGCUAGGAGAAAAGCUAAGCAGAGCUGCAGAAAAGCGAGGAGGGAAAGAGAGCAGAGAGGAUGCUGCACGACAGGCUUUACAAACAUGGAAAAGACCGUGGAGAUAAACGAGGGUAGGCGGUUUAUGGAAGACCUGGAGAUGCUUAGAGCUACAGUUACCGAUGGUGAUCAAUUACCGACUUUCAUGGAAGAGAUGAGCCCCAAAUGUAGUCAGGAUAUGCUGGGUAGUUUUAAGAUGGAAGGAAACAGUAAUCCAUUAGAACAGCUAGGUCUCUACAUGAAAAUGGAUGAGGAUGAGGAUGAUGAAGAAGAUCAGCCCCACUUUAGCCAAGUAGAUGAACAGUCCAUUGAUAGAAAAGAAAGACGCACACUUAGUCCUGAUGAAGUAGAGAGAGAGGACCUACUUGUUAGUGGAAAUGAAAAACCGGUAAGCCAAGAAGAUGAAAAACCCAUCAACCGAAUGGAGGAAGAAGAACAAAUGGGCAAUGUGCCACUUAGACCCCAUGGAGAAGAGGGAGAAGACAAACUUGUUGGUGAAAGGGAAGGGAGAGAAGAAGUGGUAAGCCUAAAGGCACAGGAUAAUGAGAACCAUCAUGAAGAUGAAAAACUCAUCAGCCAAAACGAAGGAAAAAAACAAUCGGAGAAUGUGCCAGAGCAAGAAAAUGGAGUUGAGGACAAGGGGGAACAAGAAACUGAAGUUGUGGACAAAGGAGAUGAAGAAGCUUUAGUUGUGGACAAAGGAGAUGAAGAAGCUGUAGUUGUGGACAAGGGAGAUGAAGAAGCUGAAGUUGUAGACAAGAGAGAGGAAGAAAGAGAAGUUGUCGACAUGGUAGAGGUAGAAACUGAAGUUGUCGACAAGGUAGAGCAAGAGACUGAAGUUAUCGACAAGGGAGAGCAAGAGCAAGGAACUAAAACUGACGACAUGGGAGAGCAAACAAUUGAAGUUGGCAACGAGAGAGAGCAAGAAACUGAACUUUUAGACAAGAGAGAGGAAGAUUCUGAAGUUAUGGGCAAGGGAGAGUUAGAAACUGAAAUUGUCGAUAAGGGAGAGCAAGAGACUGAAGUUAUCGACAAGGGAGAGCAAGAGCAAGAGCAAGAAACUAAAAUUGACGACAUGGAAGAGCAAAAAACUGUAGUUGUCGACAACGGUGAACAAGUGAUUGAAGUGGUCAACGAGAGAGAGCAAGAAACUGAACUUCUAGACAAGAGAGAAGAAGAUUCUGAUGUUGUGGGCAAGGGAGAGCAAGAAAAUGAAGUUGUGGAAGAAGAAAUUGAUUGAGAUGUCUUUUUUUUUUUUUCUGGGAAAGAGAGACAAAGAAAAACCAAUUUUGCUUAAAAACAGAUGUCGUCGGAAAAUUGAAUUUGGUAUUGCAGCAGCCAAAUUGAGACUAAUUUGUUGAAAUGUGAAAAAUGGUAAAUAAGUAAAAAAAAAAUUGUACCGGAAGAUCGUGUUCGUUAA